AUGAGCAAUCGUCACCAUCACGCUUCCAAGGCGGCCGCUGCCCAGCAGCACCAGGCCCAGCAAGAUGCUGCCGUUGCCCAGGCCCUCGAGAUUGCUCGGGAAAGCCCCGAUGGUGCCUCAGAUCCCACCGUCAGCAAGAUCCUGGAGUUGGCCCUGUCACAGAUCUGGGGCAAGGUCCAGGCCCAGCCAGACUCAUAUGUCAUGACCCGUGAUGAGUUUGCCGUCUUCAACUUCUUCCAGCACCGCUUCCAGGGCGACAAGACAGCCGUCAAGGCGCGCAAGCGAUACUGGGAUCACACCAGGGCAUGA